AUGAUGAAGCUGCUUCUUUCUCUAAAUCUCAUCUGGGCGCUCUCCAGCACAGGUGAAGCACUUGUGUGUGAAACUUGCACAGAUGUUACCUGUUCAACCACAGCAGCAGUUACAUGUCCCACAGGCACGAUGUGUAUCACAGCUUCCAUUCAAGCCGUUUCAUCUGGGACUCCUGGACAGCAAAUCUACAAGGCCUGUGCCCCCCCCUCCCUGUGUCCAACCACAGGCUCUUCUACAUUUUCAGUGAACUUGGGUGUUUCCAGUGCACUUGCAAAUGCUACAUGCUGCAACACAGACAACUGCAACUCUGUCACUCCUCCUUUCCCUGUGGUUCCAGCAGUUAACAGUCUACAGUGUCACGUCUGUAACCCCAUGACCUCUGAUUGCAGCUCUUCAGUACAAUGUAAGGGAACAGAGGAUCUCUGCUUUCAAGCCAGUGUGACAAAUACAGGUGGCACUUCUCCAGCUUUUGGCUGUGCAUCUACAAAUCUGUGUGCAACUGCUGCCAGCCUGGGGUCACUGCCUUUCAUGCAAAGUGUUGGUAACAUUACCAGUGGACCAGCCUGUUGUGGGACUAGUUUGUGUAACACUCUCACUACAACAACUACAACAACCACUGCCAGUGAUGCCUGUUGUGUCAGAAUAGGAAUGCUGCAUCUCCUGAUUGGACUCCUCAUUUUCAUCCUGUUUUAGAUUUCAGGAUAAAAGUGGAUGAAGCUUUGAAUCCACUGGAAGGACUCUGAGAGAACCUUUAGUUCUCUCAGAGAACCUUUUUAUUUGCUGCCAUCUUUGGCUGGUAGUCACACAGAUUAUAAAAUACCUAUUUAGUCAAAAGGGGAUAGUGUCUGGGUGAAGUUGAAGUGAGCUAAGUCAGCACCAAUGAUAUAGACGCAGGCACACAAAACUUUAACUUUUGUUCAAUUUAUUAGCCUUAAUUUAAGUGAAACAUAAAUAUCUUCACAGGAUCAUACUCACUGAUGAUUUCUUCACAAAUCUGUGUUUAUAUUUGAAGGCGACUGAAUACUGUUAUACAUUUGACCUUAUUUAACUUUUUUUGCAACUUGUACAACUAUGAUACCUUAUUUAAAAAUAUUAUAAUACUAAAUUGUUUAAUAAUAUGUGAAUCAAUAUACGUGUGAAAUUCUAAUCAAAUAAAUACCAUUGUUUAUUUUAAUUCUCUCAAUUAAUUAAUUAAUUCACUGCUUUUCUUUAGUCUUUUGUCAUGGUGAAAAUGUAGGAAAAAACUUAUUGUGGUUACUCUUUUGUAUAUGACAUAAUUUGCUUUCACAUUAAAUUAAGGCCAUAAAAGAUGGGAAUGAUGAUAAAUGUGUGUUAUUACACAAAAUAAGAAAAUAUUUACUGCAUUAUAUGUUGUAAUCAUU